AUGGAUAUCUUCAUGACAAGUCUUCCCCACGGGACCACCAAACACCAGCUCAAGCUAGAGCUAGCCAGUAUCCUCCAUUCCCUUCCCUUCAGCGACUCAUCUAGACCCCGAAUGAAUUUCGACGUCUAUGUCUUCCCCCAGAAGAAGCGCUCUCCUUGGCAAUAUGGUACUUUGACUCUGCCCUCCGUGGACAUCGGCAACAAGUUUCUGCAAAUCUAUGGCCAUCCUACUGCGACGCGCUUCCUUACCCUCGGAGUCACCCGUGUUCAAUUCCAGCGGAGUAAAAAGGACCCGCGCAUGGAGGUACUGGAGAGAGUCCAGCGGCAGUCAUUCGAAGAUCCAAGGAUAGCUCAAGCCCGUGAGCGCGACGCCGAAGACCUCAGGUUGCGCCAAGUACCACUCGUUACAAUUCAGUUCGGAUGGGAAUGCCGAGACCAAGUCUUCUCUAUUGAAUGGGAGAAAUCGUGUUCCGCUGUCCUGGUCUUUGUGGAGGAGCGGCGCGAAUUUCGCAUCAGAGUUCGCGGGUCUGGGCUGGACGACACGCGUAUUAUCGCUAUACGCGCCAGCCAAAUUGGCUGGACGUCUGCUGCGGUCGAUCCAUCAUCCGGUGUCCCAGUCAUCUUUUUCUCCCUCAGUAAUCCUCCCUCCUUCGAGACCGAAAGCGUCACGUCUAGUCUCAUCAGCGCACUCAAGGGCGGUGACAUCCCCCUUCGUAGAAAGUGGUCCGCGUUCGAUGAAACCCACGAAGCGGUUGCCCCGUAUACUUCGCUAGCUCUUCGUCUAGAGGCCUCAUCGGUGGACGACCUCGAGCAAUUCCGGAGCUUAGCACGCGCUGCCCAUUGUACCCGUCCGGACAACUUCGCAUACCACGUGGAACGGCGAGGGCUAUUCGCUCAAGAUGUACGGGAGGAAUGCGCAUUCUGGGCACUGCGUCAGCCCUGGAUGGUGGCAUUCCAGGUCGAAGCCCUUUUGCGGUCGUGCCUAGUAGACUUCAAGGAGAUGCUUAGGCUUCGGCGCCCAAUAGAAACACUCCUACGCAGCAAGGGCCGGGAUCAUACCGCGGCACUCCUCCGCGACUUCAUCGCUCAAGCCAGGGCCCUCUUCUGGUACGGGGAAGACCCAAUUAGUCAAGGGCAUAGUCCACAGGCGGAACUCUAUUCAGGCGACGUCGUUGAGCUGUUCACCUCGGUCGCCGCCAACUUCGUCUAUAAACCUUUGAACACCGCCCUGAAUACUGCCGACGCGACUGCCCCCUUCCAUUGCCUUCGCGUCACCAUCACUCCUACUACUAUGAUACUGGAAGGCCCGUUCCCGGAACGGUCCAACCGCGUCAUGCGCAAGUACUAUCGCUCCCAGGACUCUUUCCUUCGCGUCUGCUUCCAGGAUGAGAACCGGCUCCAGCUGCGUUUCGACCGCGAAAUCGACGGCACAGACUUCGUCAAUCGUAGGGUCAAGAGCGUCUUGCUCGGCGGACUCGCGUUCCCGGGAGCCCGAUUCGACUUCCUCGCAUACUCCCAAUCAGCCUUGAAGGAGCACGCGGUCUGGUUUGUCAAGCCUUUCAGACAUACCGACGACCAAGGGUAUACCCACUUUGUGGAUGCAGCGGCCAUCAUCGGAAGUCUCGGUACCUUCAGGAACCUUACCUUCGACCCGGAGCUCAUCUAUUGCCCCGCGCGUUAUGCUGCCAGGAUCUCCCAGGCAUUUACCGCGACAGAUGCGUCAAUCACUAUCGACGCUGGCCAGAUCAUCUUCGGCAGUGACAUCAAGGAUGCCUCCGGAAAGAGGGAGUUCACGGACGGCGUGGGUACUAUUUCGCCUCAGCUUGCCAAGGACAUCUGGCGCGCGCUGCAGGAGAACAGACGUCGCGGCCGCCGGGACAGGACGUAUCCCCGCGCAUACCAAAUCCGAUUCCAGGGCUCUAAAGGCAUGCUCAGUGUCGACUACACACUCCCAGGACGCUCUAUCCUCAUACGACCCUCAAUGAUCAAGUUCGAGAGUCCCGACUCGCGCAACAUCGAGGUCGCUAGGGCUUUCGAGAAACCUGCGCCAUAUUAUCUGAACAGGCCCCUCAUCAUGCUGUUGGAGGGACUUGGGGUCCCCUACGAGGUCUUCCAACGUCUACAGGAUAACGCUGUGCGCGACGUUAAGGCGGCUGUCGAGUCACUUGAGAGGUCCGCUCGCCUCCUUGAGGGCCAUGGUCUUGGCGGAUCCUUCCGUCUCACGUCUGUGAUGCUAGGACUUCAUAAGCUCGGCCUCGGUCCGCUCAACAACGAGGUGUUCUGGCGACAGACCAUGGACUUCGCAAUCAAUCAUGUCCUACGAGAGCUGAAGCACCGGGCGAGGAUUCCCGUUCCGGAGGGCUGGACGUUAGUAGGAGUAGCAGACGUCCACGGGUAUCUUGAAGAGGGAGAGAUAUUCGUCUGCAUCGAUGCGCCUGACCGUGGUGGUCUGCGCUAUCUCGAGGGCCGCACCCUGAUCUCCCGCUCUCCGACCAUACAUCCGGGGGACGCUCAGGUCGUCCAUGCGAUAGGACGACCGCGCCCCGGUUCGCCAUUCUCAAUGGAGUCGCUCAGAAACACGGUAGUUUUCUCCAUCAAGGGAAAACGGCCACUGCCGUCCUGUCUCGGAGGCGGCGAUCUUGAUGGCGACGAGUACAAUGUUACCUCGAUGCCCGAACUCCUACCGCCUCGAACGUUCUAUGCGGCAGAAUACAAAGCUACCCCUCGGAAGCUUGUUGAUCACGAAAGCACCAUGGUCGACGUUGCAGAAUUUGUUGCGGAAUAUAUCAACAGCGAUACCCUUGGGAUAAUCGCGAUAACGUGGCUCAUCAUCGCCGACCAGAGCACCGAGGGUAUCCUAGACCCAGACUGUCUCAAGCUGGCCGCCCUCCACAGCGAUGCGGUCGACUAUCCGAAAAGCGGACAGCCAGUGCCCAUCCAGCACAUACCACGCCUUCAGUUCGCUAGGAAGCCGGACUGGAACGCGCCUGAGACGAUGAGCAUCGAUACUCUCUCUGAAUCCCCGCGAUUUUACGAGAGCGUCCGGGCUAUCGGCAAGCUGUACCGUUCUAUCGACCUACCUGCUCUCCGAACGGUGGAUCGUGCUGCUCGCUAUCAGCUCAGGCAUAUGCGGCAGGCAGGACAGGACUUCCUCCCUACCAUCCUUGGUCAAUUCCACACUAACCGGUCCAGCGAGGAAGACGUGGUCUUCGACGCUGUGCGACACCACGUGGCAGGCUUCAUCGACCCCGGCAGCUACGACCGGGCGACGGUGACGAGUAUCUGGGAGCUGUACAACAGCUAUGUUUCCCGUCUGCGGGCGAUCUGCGCCGAUCAUGCGCUCGAGAACUCGCGCACGGCGAUGCUGACGGAGGAAGAGGCCGUCGUCGGCACCAUUGUCGCAAAAUGCUCGCAGCCCCGUAAGCGUCGAGACCUCAUCUCGCAGCUGAGGGAGCAGACCGCCACACUCGUCAGCGACGUGCGCCACGAGUUGGAGGGCGAGGACGACACGCCGCACGAGGUGUCCCUUCUCCGCGCCUGGAUCGCCUUUCGGAUCGGGAACAUGGAGCAGAAGUACUUCGGCGGGCACAGUUUCGGCUGGGUUGCCCUUGGGGGGAUUUUCGACACGAUCAAAGACAUCGAGGACGAGGAGCGGACGAUCACUCGGCGCGCGUGAGCGGAGAGGAACGCUUGGGACCCGACAUACAUGGUUGGCUGUCAGUUUUCCCAUCACACUGGCGUUGCAGACGGAGAGAUGAGACAGCAGAAAUGAACGAUGUACAUUACG